AUGCCAUGGCAUGAUGAAGCAUUGGUUGUAUUUGGUCAAACCGCUCGAGAUGUUGCAAGACAUUUUAUUCAACGAUGGAAUAUUCAUAAAUCUUAUAAUGAUGUUGAAGACUUAGCUGUUGAAAACUGGAGUGAUUUUCUUGAAAGUGAACCAUUUCGUGUAAAUGCUCAGUGUGUUCGUUCAGUUGGACCAUGGUCAGCGGGAACGAAAUCAGAGGAAUCAUCGAUUCAUAAUACUUAUAUACAAAUGAUUGAUGCUGCCAAACAUUUUAUAUAUAUUGAAAAUCAAUUCUUUAUUACUAUUGCUCAAGACUCAGUAGUUCGAAACCAAUUAGCUAAUGUUCUUUUUCGACGUAUAGAACGAGCACAUAACAAUGCUGAAAAGUUUCGUAUUUAUGUUGUUCUUCCUCUUCUACCUGGUUUUGAUAGCACGAAUGCUGUACGAGCUGUACUCUAUUUUAUUGUGUUCAAUUACUAAGGGUGAUAAUUCAUUAUUUAAACGACUUGAAAAUGCAGGUAAAUCAAUAUUUUAAACAUAAAGAUCAGUGGUUUUUUUAAAUAUAUCAUUAAUACUUAAUCUUAAAACUCUAUGACAAUAAGCGUUUGUCGUUCGUGUUACUUAUUUAGGUAUUUCACCAAAGGAUUAUAUUAAUUUUUUUGGU